AUGCGAGCUUGCUACAAUCUUUCAAGAAUUCGGCAGAUAAUUCCGCAGAAUGGUUCCGAAAGUGAACGAAACAGCUUGGUGGUAAUUUCCGAUCAAGAUAUUGAAAUCGAAUAUCUUGAUACAACCUACGAAGAGUUCCUAGAGCACGUUCAGAUAAUUGAGAUCCUCAAUUCGAGCAGCAAUGUCACGGAAUUGGGUGCCGUCAUCGAAAUUAACGAUGCCAAGGUGGAAUCUGCUGAUGCCUCUACAGCAACCACUACAUCAAAAGUUCAAAGCGCUGUGGGUGUUUCAAUUUACGACGCAAGUGUUCCGGAUAAUCUAAAUUUGGAGACCGAAAGCAUUCCGUGUGAUGAUGACGAUCUCGACACGGCUACACCAUUGAACGACUCAGAUGACGAAAUGAGCUUGAAUUCGACCGACGAAGACGCAACUACUGAUAUGAUCGACGCAACUGUGCCAAGUGACGACUUUUCACAUGUACCUGCUGGCUUUCCGAAAUACUUUCAAGAUUCAAUGUUUUGGCCUGGGAGAGCAUCCGUCAGUUCGACAUCGUCAACGUCUAAACCGAAGCGGAAACCCAAGGAAAAAGUCCCCGCAGUUUUGAUAUCAAAGGAUUUCAUCGAAUAUUUGAAGCAUAAGGAAAACGAAAAGCUGCGUUUGGAAACGGAGAAGGCUGAUCGGCAGAAGCAGCGAGAGGUAAAGAAAUUGGAAAAACAGAAACAGGAAGAAGAAAAGGAAAAGGCAAUGCAGGAACGGAAGUUGGAAAAGCAGCGAAAAGAAAAAGAAAAGGAAAAGGUGAAGUUGGACAAAAUUUUGGAGAAGCAGAGAAAGGAAGAAGAAAAGGAGAAGCGGAAAUUGGAAAAGCAGCAAAACGAAGAGCAUAAGAAGAAGCGAAAGACGGAAAAACAAUCGGCAAUUAAAACACGGAAAAUUGAGAAAGCGAAGAAAGAGGGAAGAGGAACGACCGAUUAA